AUGAACUUUGUGUUUCUUGUUAAACAGCCUCCAAAGAAACAGAGGUUACCUCUUAGUGUUGCUAGAGUUUCAAUGAAAAAUCAAAAGGAUAGAGAAGAGAAACUGCUUCAAGAGAGAGCUAUACUUGGAAGGUUUGGAUCCUACAGUAGCAGUAGUUCCAAGAAGGUGCCAGAGAGGAAACCAGCAGAGGACAGAAUUCUGAAGUCGAUGCAAGGCGAUUUCAGAAAGGGGGUUCUCAACAUCGGGUAUCUGUUGAAGCCCUCAGCCCCUGAAGCCUCUAACUACAAGGGCAGACACCCUACAGGUAAAGGGAAGAAGAAGAAAGAUGGCAAGAAAAGUCAUGGCAAGAGAAAGGGUGGUGGUGGUAGAGGUGGUGGUGGUGGUAAGAGGCGUCACUAG